AUGGCAGAUCAUAGCUCUGUACCAAUGAACAGCAGUAAGAAGAAUAUGAAAGAUACCAAGGCUAAAAAUAGGAACACAAAACUUGAAUCUUCUGAAAAGCAGGCUGUAGCAGUUGGAAGUUUCUGCGUAGAUAAAACAUUUAGAGCUUUUAAAGUGAAGAUAGAGAAACCAGAAGAUGAGGAAAAGGAGAGACUGAGCUUUUGUCCCAAAGAGAACCGCAACCUAAUGCAUUACCUGUGUAAGCAUGAAAUCACAAAAUUAGCUGGAGAACAGGGCUGGAAACUCAUCCUGGAAAACAUAGAUGAUAAACUUGUGGUGAAACUCUUUAUUAGGAAUGAAACCCCUAUUGAGAAAUGCAGGGAUAAAGUGAGAGAAUUUAUUACCAAUUCUCUUCCCCAUUUACAUCAAGAGACCUUCGACCUUUCACCUCUUAGCAGCAAGACAGUAAGCAGUAGCCAUGGUGAUAUGGAAUCUAACAACCAGGGUCCUGAUCCUGCCAACAAGGACCCUCUAGAACAAGCUCUGGUUUGUCUGGUUCCUUUGGUCACUGAUGUCCAAAAUCAGGCUGAUGUUUUUUAUGACAGGGAUUUGAAUUCUCUUGUCAUAAUAGGGGCAACAGAAACUGUUAAACAGUUGUACAUGAAGGCAAAAGCAAAGCUGUACCCUAUUACCAUGGAAACCGUUUUAGAGUCUGCUUCACAAGGACACCUGUUAAGGACAUUUGGGGCUAUGGAUCAACUGAGAGGUCAGUAUCCAAAUGUUAGAGCAGUUGUACAGGAUUGCAAUACAAAAGUGUCUUGGACUGGAACUGAAGAAAACAUAACACUUUGUAGACAAGAGAUGGAAAAGUUUAUCCGAGAGAUUAAAACAGACAGCUUCCAGCUAUCUACAGUGAUGAAAAUCCUGAUCUUACGACCAGAGAUAAAAAGUCUCAUCAACAGUUUACUACAGAAAGAAGGCAUUGUUUGUGUAUGGCAAGUCACUGAAACUGGACAUGUACAAGUUCAGUCAAUGAGAUCUUCAUCUGUUAAGCGUGUUGGGCUCAAAAUUAGAGAAAACUUCAAAGAAGAGUCGUUCUUGGUUAAGGAUUUCCCAUAUAUUUCAGAGGUUUCCAAAUCAGGAUUUGGUCUCUCUGCUGUCGAAAGGAAUCAUUUUGCAGUGGAGGAGACCAGGGAUACAGUCAAUGUGGCUACAAAGUCUGAUACCAUGCAAAAGAUUAUUCAGCAUUUACAAGAUUUGGAGGAUCAGCAGACAUCCGGGAGACAAUUCACAGGCGGUGAAGGGGGAGAUAACUCUGGGAAACAGACAAAGAGCUGUACCAUAGAAGUACACGGGCUAGACAAGCAAACAUCCGAUGACACAGUUGAACUCUACUUUGAAAGCAAAAGAGCAGCAGGUCAGCUUGUUGACAUUGAAAAAUUUGAUGCUUCAAAACGAAAGAAUAAUGGAGUCGUCUUCAUUACCUACAAAACUGCAGAAGUCGCACAACUUGUUCUUGAGAGACAACACACACUGGAAAAAUCCCCUUUGACUGUGAGGCUCUUUACGGGAUUAGAACCUGGACCUUCUCAGUUUUACCAGAAAAAGAUUUUCUUCAAGAACAUGAACCAGACCACAACAAGAAAAGGGCUCAAGAGUUUUCUGAGGUCAAAGAUUCAGGUGUCACCAACAGAAUUUCUAUUUGGAAAAGAAGACGGCACAGUCUUGGUUACAUUUGAUGUCGCCCCAGAUUUUGAAAAAGUGGAGCAAGCUUGUCAGAAGUCCUCGUUGGAUGAAUGUUUUCUGGAGGUUAAAAGAGUUCCAGUCUCUCCGAGUGUCCUGGUCAGUGGUGUUAGUGAAAAGACAACCUUGUCUACGCUGGAAUUUUACUUUGAAAAUACCCGUAGAAGUGGAGGUGGUGAUGUCACUGAUGUCAAAGAAAUAUCCGAUCGAACGUUUGUCAUCUCGUUUGAGGAUUACACAGUGAUAGACCGAGUUUGUGAGAGAUCACAUGUAGUGGAUGGAUGCAGAUUCAAUGUUCAGAUUUACUACGAGAUGUUGGGGUACAGACAUAGCUACACACAACCAACCUUAAAGGUUCCUAGCCCCGUGGAGCUCACAGACGUAGAUCCUAACGAAAUUCAGUGUAUCAAGGCAACGGACACAACUGAACUUGAAAAACAACUCGGCAACCAGCACGCAAAACUACAUUGGCCAGAAAAUGUUACUGGACAUCUGAAACUAGAGUGUGUGAUUACAGAGGAUAUAGAAGACAGCCAUAGACUGGUCCUUUCCUGGGGAAAAGUGGUCAAAGAUAUCUUGAGAAGAUUCCUGGCUCAGGCAGAAAAAACAAGAGCUCAGGUUGUCAUACCCAAACUACAGCAGACUUCUGUCAAUGUGACAGGAUCAGGGAAGGCUUCCUCAGUGAAGAAGAAAACUAAUGCUGGUAGCAAGUCUCAUCAAGAGAGUCAAACAUCAUGGCUGCCUCAGGCCACCAUUGGUUACCAAAGUGUUGUCUCUAAAUACUUUACUACAAUUGAAGGUCUGUUAGUACGAUUUUACUCUGGAAAUAUCCUCCAUCUUGAUGUAGACUGUAUUGUAAAUGCUGCCAAUGGUGAUUUACAUCAUAGUGGGGGAGUGGCCCGGGUGAUAUCUGAUGCGGCUGGUUAUGAGUUUGAUAAGGAGAGUAGAGACUACAUAGCCCGGUAUGGACCCCUAAAGGUUGGGGAGGUGUGUACCACGACUGCUGGGGAUCUGAAGUACAAGGGAGUUAUCCAUGCUGUAGGACCAAGGUGGUAUGACUACGGUCAGGACCAGAAGGGGGAAUGUCUGGAUGACCUAAAGACAGCUGUCAAGAACAGUUUAGAGGAGGCAGACAUUCAAAGCUACAAGUCCAUAGCAAUACCUGCUAUUAGUUCAGGUAUAUUUGGAGUACCGAAGGAACUUUGUACUCAACAGUACUACCGAGCUGUAGAGGAGUUCAAUAGGACUAGAGGAAGACGUUCGACCUUGACCGAGGUACACUUCAUUGACAAGGACACACAGAUGUGUCAGCUGAUUCAGACGACCUUCACUAAAUGUUUUAGUGGAGACCCUGGAGCUGCCAGUGGAGGAAGACACAAAGUCUCAUCAUCUGUUAUGGCUCCUCGACAGAAUACACCAGUUUUACAACGGUCUAACAGUCUACCAUCAAACACAGAGGGUUCUUCUGUACAUCCUAGUAAUCUAUCUCCCAGGGAUCAACCAAGAAACUUGCAGCGUUCAACAUCCAGUGGCCAAUGUUUUGAGAUUGGUAGUAAUUUAACUGUACACAUCAUCAAUGGAAAUAUUGUGGAUAUUAAAGCUGAUGCUAUUGUCAGUCCUGAGAACAUCCAAUGUGACAGUACAGGAAGGAUUGCCAGGGAAAUCGCUCGAGUGGCCGGAGAACGUUAUGUGGUAGAUGACCAAUCAGAGUUAAAACUUAGCCAUAGAAAACCAAAGCUGACGGAGGUACUAGACACUUUAGCAGGAACAUCUCACUUUAAAUAUGUACUACAUGUAGUUGCACCUAAAUGGGAUGCUGCUGCUGUUGAUGAUCAGAGAACAUACUGGAAAUGUCUGGAACAAUCUUACAACAAUGUCUUCUCAACAGUUGAUACAAAACAUUUGGCUGUAUCAUCAAUCGCCUUACCUAUUCUUGGAAAUGGUACACAUCCUGCUCCAAUCAUCACUAUCUCCAAAAUGUUAGUAGAGAUUUGUAAAAGCUAUGCUGACAAGACUCCUACAAAGAAAACAUUGUAUUUCUGCAAUGAUGACACAGCAGCUGUAUAUCACUUGAAAGGUGUCUUUGAAAAGUAUUUUAACAAAAGAAAUGAAUCAAAGGAGGACAACCGAGGUCAAAGGGAAGAUCAGAAGGAGCAAACUGUCCAUGAUGUAACUGGACAAGACCAAGGGUCAGAGGUCACAGAGGACUGUUGUAUCUGUAUGGACACUAUGACUAAACCUAAGAAGCUGUCUUGUGGUCAUGUAUUCUGUACAGAAUGUAUUGAUCAACAGUUUAAAUAUUGGCCAGCCUGUCCCCAGUGUGGGGCUGUACAUGGGAAAAUCACGGGGGACCAGCCACCAGGGACUAUGACUGUUACCACCACCAAGUCAUACGGGUGACAUAGCUACCUACCAGGGUACAGUGGAUGUGGUAUCAUCAACAUCACCUAUAACUUCCCCUCGGGGAAACAGGGCACUGAUCAUCCAACUCCUGGUAAACUUUACCAGGGCAUCAUGAGACCAGCUUAUCUCCCUGACAAUAAGAAAGGUCGCCUUGUAGCCAAGCUGUUA